GGGGCGGAGUCCGGGAACCUCCGCGCUUUCCAUCUACUUCAGGGCUCGGGGGGAGGGGGCGCACUCGGCCGGUCGGGGGAAGGAGUCGCCGCGGCGCCUGGAGCCCUCGACUGGGUCGCGUCUGCGUCCCUCCCCGCCUCGGUCCUGUCCCCCCGUCCCCACCCCAAGCCCCAGCGCAGGAGGUGCGGCGCAGCGGGCGGGAGCCCUCCGGGUGGGCGCGGUGAGCGAGCCUGGCGGUAGGCGGUGGGCGUCCUGCGAUCCCGGGCCUCCGCGGGCUCGCGCGCAUUAGCCCGGUGCCGACUGAGAAAGCGAAGGGAAGCUCACCGACGCUCGAGCCUCGAGGCAGCUGAGAUUCCGGUGCUCAUCAUGUCCAAUUUUGAGGAUGCGGACACGGAAGAGACAGUAACUUGUCUGCAGAUGACUCUCUACCAUCCUGGCCACCAGCAAAGUGGAAUAUUCCAGUCAAUAAGGUUUUUUAACCGUGAGAAACACCACACCAGCGAAGUGGUGAAAUUUGGCCGAAAUUCUAACACCUGUCAUUACACCUUUCAGGACAAACAGGUUUCUCGAGUUCAGUUUUCUCUACAGCUGUUUAGAAAGUUUGAUAGUCCAGUUGUCUCUUUUGAAAUUAAAAAUAUGAGUAAGAAGACCAAUCUGAUUGUGGACAACAGAGAGCUGGGCUACCUAAAUAAAAUGGAUCUGCCAGACAGAUGCAUGAUUAGGUUUGGCAACUAUCAGUUCCUGGUAGAGAAGGAAGAUGGACAGUCAUUAGAAUUUUUUGAGAUUCAGUUUUUUUUGUCGAAAAGACCACUCCUGCAAGAAAACAACUGGCUUCCACAGCCCAUGCCUGAGUGUGGCAGUUAUUCAUCCUGUGUCACUCAAAACAAUUCUCCCAUGGAAGUGGGUGAAAAUGACUGGUAAAUGUUGAAAGCUAAGAGAAUUAUGAAGGAUGAAGAACUCUGUACUUGUUUUAUAGGCAUUCCACUUACUAAGUUUCUUAGUAUAGUAUUUUACUGUCAUUUGUUAAAGUUUGUCAAGUUUGAGAUCUGGUAUUAUUAUUUGAAGUCUGCAAAUUGUGUUAGUAAUUGAUUGAGUCACCCGUUGCAUUGUGGAUGUAUGAAGAAUUUCUCUUAAGUGUAUAUAUGUGAGCAUUAAUGUACAAAACGUAAUGUUCAUGAUGAAGGAACAGUGUUCUCAAAAUAAGGUUAUGUUCUUUUCUUUUUAUGCCUGAUUUUGUUUCUAUGUUUUAUAUUGUUUCAUUUUGAUUUGUAUGUUAUCAUCUCUUGGUUUGGUCACAUUAUCUCACAGCAGCCAUUUGUUUUUAAGGUCAAGGCUACAAGCAAAUUAUGAUGUGUGUUUUAGCCUGUUGGUAUUUAUAGUACCAGAGUAUUAGAACAGGGCAUGUGUUUUAGUCUGUGUGCCAUUGAGGUUUUAAUAUGGGAAGCAAUAAUUCCUUGAUUUUCUGUGUUUUUUAUCUAUAGAAUUAUAGUGUUUAUUCCCAAGAAUACAGUUCUCCUUUUCUAUAUUCAGUAUCUGAAACUGAUACUUUAAACGCUUUAGUGAACGACUGUUUAGAAUUAUUACUUUGUGUACCAAAUUUUAAAUAUUUUUUAAUGUACUACAGGGUUUUUAACUCCAUGAAUUCAAAAUUUUAACAACAGCUAUGUACCUAAUAAAGUCAAAGUCUAAUUCUCUAA